AUGUUGCCCGACAAAGACAGCAAGAAAGACAGCAAGAAAGACAGCAAGCUGGGUACGCCCAAGGUCGACAACCCCGAACUUCAAGCAGGCGGUGGUACAGCAUCCGCCUCUGUUGCAGCUCGCAAGGUCGAUGCCUUAUCACCACUCCUUACGCAACACCUCAAGAGGGUCUACGACCAGAUCACAACGCGCUACGACUUGACGACAAAGAAAGGGCAACAGCAGUGGCUGGUCGAGGAGCAAGAAUGCUCAGGUCAGAAUGCUGAGCUUCUGGCCGACGGCUCAUUCUCCAACUUCGCCAACUACUUCAUGUCGGGCUCAGCAAGCGUCCUGAAGCCUGCGCAACCAGUCGACGAGUCGCAUCCCAUCUCCAACUACUUCAUCUCAUCGAGCCACAACACAUACCUUACCGGCAAUCAGCUGUCAAGCGACGCCAGCAUUGAUGCCUACAAGAACGUCCUGAUGCGAGGAUGUCGCUGCGUCGAGGUCGAUGUCUGGGACGGAGACGAGCUUUCCGACUCCAGCUCUGACGAGGAAAUGGCGAGAGGCAACCCAGGAUCAAAUGAUGCGAGAAAAGACAAGAAGAAAUCAAAGUCCGGUCUAAGCAUUCGUCAAAGGCUUGCCCAGAAGUUUGGGAGCAAGGACAAAUCCGAGGAGGAAGAACAAGAGGCAUCAGAGCCUCCUCACGAGGACGCCAACAAGGUUCAGCCCUGGCAUUCCGCUUCCUAUACAUCGAGAGCCGAGCCCAAGGUAACCCACGGUUACACUUUGACCAAAGACAUGACGUUUCGCGCGGUGUGUGUAAUCAUCAGGGACUACGCAUUUGCUGUGUCGAACCUGCCCCUGAUUGUCAGUCUCGAAGUACACGCUGGUCCAGAGCAACAGGAGAUCAUGGUCGAGAUCAUGAACGAGUAUUGGAAAGGCAUGCUACUUGAGUUACCUCUCGAUCCAGCGCAGGGUCUGCUCGAAGCCCAACUACCCACACUGAAGGAGCUGCACAACAAGAUCUUGGUGAAAGUCAAGCGUGGACACCUGAAGCCAGUUGCGGCUGAACCACAACCUACAACGCUUGCCGCGCCAGCGGCAGCGCCCCAGCUACAACAUACCAUGAGUACCGAGUCUGCGGCUUCGGACGACUCUAAAGAAGCCGGACCAGAUGGCGAGAACAACCCUCCAGCGCCGAAACCCAAGGUUAUUGAAGCGCUAUCACGAUUGGGUGUUUACUUAGGAGGAUACUCGUACAAAACUCUCGAUGCUCCAGAAGCGAAGGUUCCCACCCACGUAUUCUCUUUGUCCGAAGGUACACUGAUGGAAGUUCACGAGAACGACCCCGUCCGACUCUUCGAACACAACAAACGUUUCUUCAUGCGCGCAUACCCCAAAGGCACGCGGUUGACAUCAACAAACUUGAACCCUUCCGUCUUCUGGCGUGCGGGUGUGCAGAUAGUAGCGCUGAACUGGCAACGCUGGGACGGCGGUAUGAUGCAAAACGAAGCCAUGUUCGCAGGUACCGCCGGAUGGGUUCUCAAACCAGAAGGCUACCGCAGCACGAGCGAAGCAGCGACACAGAAGACCGCGAUAACUCAUCACGACCUCAACCUAAGCAUCGAGUUCUUCGCAGGACAAGACAUUCCUCUGCCGCCCGACGAAGACGAUCCAAAGGAUCUCAAGCCUUAUGUCAAGGUCGAGCUGCAUGUUGAGUCGCACGAAGAGCGCAACUCUGAACAUGUGCCCGGUGAUGGAAAAGGCACCAAGACCAUCGACCCCGACCUGAAGAAGGAGACCGAGAAGGCAAGGACCACGAACCCCGACUUCGGUGGUGAAAUGGUCAAGUUCGUCAAUGUUCCUGGUGUUACGGAAGAAUUGACAUUUGUCAGAUUCAAAGUCAUAGACAAAGAGCGCUUCGGCAAGGAUGACCUAGCCGGUUGGGCAUGCUUCCGCCUCGACCGCCUGCAGACUGGCCUCCGCAUGCUGCAUCUCUACGACUCAAACGGCGUCAUCACCAAGGGCGUGCUAUUGGUCCGCAUCACGAAGACGGUCAGUACGGCUUGA